UUAUGGUAAAAAGGCCUGUGAACUCGCAGGCCUUCCUUUUUGAAAGGCUAAAGAAAGGCCCAGCACAUUGGUGUUGGUGUUUCAUGAACGUCACCUCAAAGGAGAUGGAGGUGGAUAUCGCCGACAACGUCCCCUGUUCUUCCAUCGCCGUCGAUUCCGUUAUUCGCAUGGGCACCGCUGGCUUAAUCUGGGGCUCCUGUUCUGGUCCUUACGAUGCCAACAAAUUAGGUCUUGCUGGCAUUCAUAGCGCUUCUUUUAUUGCUAAGUCAGUUGGUCGGUUUGGCUUUCAGUGGGGAAUGUUUGCUGCUAUAUUUUCUUCCACUCGGUGUGGGCUUCAGAGAUAUAGAAGGCGAAAUGAUUGGGUUAAUGUUUUGACUGCUGGUGUUGUAGCCGGGGCUGCUUUUGGUGCAGGUACCCGGAACUGGAAGCAGGUUGCCGGAGCAACAGGUCUUGUGUGUCUCUUGUGUCAUGUUGCUGAGGACUCCCGAUAAACUUUGACUCUGAUUUGUUGAAAAGGGACUGAAAUGGACACUUGUCUCCAUACCAGUCUGUGGAAGACUAACUAUAUCAUGUUGACUAAGGAGCGUGGCAUACCAGCAUGCUGGGAAACAAAAUUCAGCUAAUUGAAGUUCAUACAAGAUUUAUGAUGUUGAUUUCGUAGGCCAUUAGUCAUAUUCUCUGUGUUUGGGAAAUAAACCUAACAUAUGAAUUACGAAGCAAGUAUAUAGUUGUUAUCUUUUUCAUAUUCUA